GGUUUCUAUAGUAUUCAUGUGUCAUAUUGAUUUAUUUUCAGUUGAUUUUUGUUCUAAAUAAUUAUUGUCCCACCCUGAAAUGAGUUCUUCGGAUGAGUCCAAUCGACUGAACAACUGCGUAACAUGCGAACAAAUCAAGUACAGCCAGGAAGACGAGACUUUGUCGAGUAAUUCCGAAGGAAAACAAGAAAGUGUGGAGUCCUUACGCUUGAAUUUUAACCAAAGCAAGUUGGAAAAGAUUAGACAUCCAACUGUACAACAAAACAAAACGUUUUCUUUGGAGAAAGUCAGAGAGAUUGAGCGCAGAAAUUCGAUGCUUGUGAACAGGAUUUUGUACCACAACCGGCGACCAAACCAGUAUAAACUUACCGUUGCUAGUUUACCGAAAAUAACCAGCGCAGAGAUCAAUAGAAGACGGUUUAAUGAGAAAAUAGCCAAAGACAAUCAGAUAUUGUUGAAAAAAAUUCAAUCCGUAAAACCAGCAGUGAGAUACCCAUAAAGAUGUCUGUGAAGUAACAUUUUACAGUAUUUUCUAUGAUUUUAAAUAGAGUUUUGUUGAAUUGA